UGGCAAAGAACUCGCCACAUAGAACUUCUUUCUCCUACUUCACCAAUUAAAACAAGAGAGAGAGAGAGAGAGAGAGAGAGAGAGGGGGAGAGAGAGAGAUGAUGCUUCAAGCUAUCAAUGGAGGGCUCAAGUUUAAGGAAAAGACUUUAACUUUCUCAGAAUUUCAUAAUUCAGCUGUCAAAAAAUUUGAAUGCGGGAAUCUGCACAACACUGGCUUGGCUUCAUCGAGAACCAGGAGUCAAGCAAUUCGCGUCCUGGCUAAUCCUAAUGUAUCUCCGGGGAAAGAGAGAGUAAAGAAGGAAGUGAUCAUGGUGGAUCCUUCAGAAGCCAAGCGAUUAGCUGCAAAGCAAAUGGAAGAAAUUAAAGCUAAAGAGAGAUUUCAAAGACGGCGACAAAUAGAAGCAAUUAACGGUGCAUGGGCUAUGAUUGGUCUUACAGCAGGAUUAGUCAUUGAAGGACACACCGGACUCAGCAUUCCGUCUCAGUUGGCGAGCUACUUAGCUGCAGUCGUUGGGAUAUUUACGAGAUAGAUACAAGUCGAGAUGAGGAAGCAAAUAAACUAUGAUCAAAUCACUCUUUAACACAAAAAAUGGAGAUUGUGGGAACUGCUAAUUCUUGUGCAGUAUUUUGGUUUUCAAUUUUCUGCAUUCUUUAUAUGUUAUGGCUACAAUUUUGUAUAUCUUUCCUUUCAUGGGAAAUGUCAAUAAAAUGCAUAAAUCAUUACUGUUGUCGAUUA